GCCGCCGUUACGUCAGUGUCUGGCGCUUACGGGGCGGCUGCGGGUAAUUUACAAACUCGCGCUCUGCUGUCUUUCGCUGACCAUGGAGAGUGAUUUUUAUCUGCGGUACUACGUGGGUCACAAGGGAAAAUUCGGUCACGAAUUCCUGGAAUUUGAGUUCCGACCCGACGGGAAAUUGAGAUAUGCCAACAACAGCAAUUACAAAAAUGAUGUCAUGAUCCGGAAAGAGGCUUACGUACAUAAAAGUGUAAUGGAGGAACUGAAGAGAAUCAUCGAUGACAGUGAAAUUACCAAGGAGGAUGAUGCGCUGUGGCCACCUCCUGACCGCGUGGGCCGACAGGAACUUGAGAUUGUCAUUGGAGAUGAACACAUCUCUUUUACAACAUCAAAAAUCGGUUCUCUUAUUGAUGUCAAUCAGUCCAAGGAUCCGGAAGGCUUACGAGUAUUUUAUUACCUUGUUCAGGACCUGAAGUGUUUGGUCUUCAGUCUCAUUGGAUUGCACUUCAAGAUUAAGCCAAUCUAAAUUGAGUAUUGGUGUGGACACAGGGGGGUGGGUGGGAGUAGCUGUUUUUAAUUACCAUUAUCAGGAUAUUUUUGUGUAUAUCAGGACAGUAUUUUUGUAUAAACCAUGAUUGUCUUUCAUAAAUGUGACAAAUGAAAUUUUUAUCGAU